GGAAGCGAGUGUACGGCAAACAUGGCGUUGGCGGUGCUGGCGCUGAGGACGAGAACAGCUGCCCUGCUGAGCCCCCCUCAGGCUGAAGCUCUUGCCGUCAGAUAUGCAUCCAAGAAGACAGGUGGCAGCUCCAAAAACCUCGGUGGAAAGUCACCAGGCAGACGCUUUGGCAUCAAGAAAAUGGAGGGUCACUAUGUUCAUGCUGGCAACAUCCUUGCGACUCAGCGCCACUUCCGUUGGCACCCAGGCGCCCACGUGGGGCUGGGGAAGAGGAAGUGCCUGUAUGCCCUGGAGGAGGGGGUAGUCCGCUUCACUAAGGAAGUCUACGUGCCUAGUCCCAGCAACUCAGAGGCUGUGGAUCUGGUUACCAGGCUGCCCAAGGGUGCUGUGCUCUACAAGACUUUUGUUCACGUGGUUCCUGCCAAGCCUGAGGGCACCUUCAAACUGGUAGCUAUGCUUUGAGCUCCUGGUUGAGGCCAUUGGACAGAGACUGGAACCCAGCUGACAGGAGAGGGUGGUACCAGCUGAAGUCAAGGGUUGGGGUAACAACAAGGCCUCCCGAGGAAGACGUCUGCUUGAUGGUGACUGCAAGAGACUCUGUGAAGUGACUGGCUGGGAAACCCUUUGCAAGACCUGACCUGGGCCAAAAAUAAAGUUAGCUGGAGUCAUGAGUCUGUGCU